GAAAAAACCCUAACUUUUGAACUUCCUUUCCAGAUCUCUAAUGCUACCUUGCUGCCGCACCAGGUCAGUAGCGCUGCUCUUCCUACAUCUCGUGGUAUGUUACUCUCACGCACAACUGCAACCCGGUUGAGAUCUUAAGCGGCUGCAGGCGGUACCCAUUGCCCAUUGGAUUAAGGCAUCCGGAGCCUGUCCAUUCUUAUAAGUGAUGACGACUUUUGAAAACAUGGAAGCUGUUAAAUUGGAGUCAGAUUUUAUUGGAAACAUGAUGCAACAAAGUGACUGUUGGAAACCUGGACUAAAUGAACACCAGAAGUUCAAGAACCAAUCUAGAAGACAAGAAUCUGAAGAAAAUAGAAGCUCAAAUGUCUUGAGUACUGGUCAAAGUAGCUCUAGUGUAUUGGAGCAGGGCCAAUCUCCUGUGGAUGAUACAGGUGUUUGUUCCACAUCAUCUAUAUGUCCGGCACCACUUUGUCGACAAUUCUGGAAAGCUGGGAACUACGACGAUGGGCUUGUUUCCAAGAUCACACUUCAAAAUGGGAAAAAUAGUGUUCACGUCCACCCCAUGUUCCUUCACUCAAAUGCCACUUCACAUAAGUGGGCCUUUGGUGCAAUAGCUGAACUACUCGAUAAUGCAGUUGAUGAGAUCCAAAAUGGGGCCACUUUUGUCCUUGUAGAUAAAACCUCCAAUCCAAGGGAUGGAAGCCCCAUGCUGUUAAUUCAAGAUGAUGGCAGUGGAAUGGACCCUGAAGCAAUACGACGUUGUAUGAGUUUUGGAUUUUCAGAUAAGAAAUCCAAAUCUGCAAUCGGACAAUAUGGUAACGGCUUCAAGACCAGUUCCAUGAGACUUGGGGCAGAUGUCAUUGUGUUCAGCCGCCGCUUGGACAAUAGGACAUUGACUCAAAGCAUCGGUCUCCUCUCUUACACUUUUUUGACUCGAGCAGGACAUGACCGAAUAGUAGUGCCAAUGGUGGAUUACGAGUUUAAUGAGGCUAGUGGCAUGUUGGAAAUGUCAACCCGGUUUGGUAAAGAGCAUUUUAUGUCUAAUCUUUCUAUGCUGUUGCAGUGGUCUCCUUAUUCAACAGAAUUGGAGCUUCUGAAGCAGUUUGAUGACAUUGGACCUCAUGGCACAAAAGUUAUCAUCUACAAUUUAUGGUUUGGUGAUGAGGGGAACAUGGAGCUAGACUUUGAUACUGAUCUUGAGGAUAUUCGUCUUGGUGGUAUUAUAAAAAAGGUUGAGACAACCCCUUGGAGUAAAGUAAAUCAAGGGCACAUUGCUAACCGGUAUCAUUAUUCUCUCCGUGUAUACUUAUCCAUCUUGUAUCUGCACAUACCCGAAAGUUUCAGCAUAAUAUUACGAGGGCAAGUCGUUGAGCAUCAUAGCAUUGCCAAAGAUCUCAAAUAUCCAGAAUGCAUCUUGUAUAAACCUCAAAGUGGUGGCUGUUUAGAGGGUCAAGUGAUAACUACAAUUGGUUUUCUAAAAGAAGCUCCACAUCUCAACAUACAUGGUUUCAAUGUAUAUCACAAAAAUCGUCUAAUACUGCCAUUUUGGAAGGUUCUAAGCUCCUCAAAUAGCCGAGGAAGAGGAGUGGUUGGUGUUUUGGAGGCAAAUUUUGUCGAGCCCACUCACAACAAGCAAGAUUUUGAGAAAACUUGUCUUUUUCAGAAGCUUGAAGGACGACUGAAGGAAAUGACGUUAGAAUACUGGGAUUGUCAUUGUGUUCUAAUUGGGUACCAAGUCCAAAAAAGACCUCGAGCUCCUGUGGCUAGGCAAGAUUCAUUGCGGUGUAUGCCACAUAGUGGGAAAGUGAAGCCUGUAACAUUGAAUCAAGUUUUUCCUGCUGCUGAUGGUACGAAAGCAGGUCCUCUAGGUUUAAAUUUAAAGAGAAAGGGGCAUGAUGAUUUAGUGCAACUUGAGAUGGUGGACAGACAGGCUGUAAAAAGGCCCAAUGGUGCUGACUGCCAUUAUGAAACACAGCUUGUUCAUAAUACUGCAAAUCAGUUGGAAGAUCCAAAGGCUGUAAACUUGAUGCAGGAAAACAGGAAACUUCAUGCCAAAUGCCUGGAAUAUGAGAAGAAGAAUGAAGAACUUAAUCUCAAGCUAACCCAACUUAGAAGUGAGCUCGGAGCUGUUCACUACGAGUCUGAGAAGCUGUUGGCUGAAUUGAAGUCGUUAGACGCAAUCAAAGCAGAAAAAGUUGUGAAUGUGUAAAUGUCAUUAGUGGCUUUCCUUGAAAAUUUCUUUUGUAGAGAAGUAUGCCUGUAAAGUGUACAUACAGCUAGUGUAUCAGAGCUCUAGGUGCUGGAGGAGUACAGGGGUGGAGCGUUCUGGGCCGUCGGAAGAAGAUUAGAUGAUGCAAAUAUUCAAAUCCUCCCUGAGUUUUUCCUGCCUCAGAUUUUGUUUUCAUUUUGUCCCCGAAAGCAAAAUCAUUGACCAUCAUGGGCAGGUUCAGGAGUUGGCAGUCCUAAGCUCUAAUAUGCUUCAUUUGUUAGAUCAACCAUUGAUGAAAUGAAGAGUGGAAUGGAGAUGGUAGUGUCUCUGAAGGUUCAUUUGUUUUAACCAUGAUAGCAUGCAUCUGGGCCUGUCAUCAACAUUUGUUAAAACAAAAAAAAUUGCACAUUGGAUUGGAAGUCAUGCUCUUCAAAUCUCAACAGCCCAACAAA